AUGGCCGACGUCGAGGUCGCGGCAGCGCUCGCAGCGCUCACGAUCGCCUUCGAGACGCACGAGCACCGCGCUUUGCCCACGACGGGCGACGUGGUGGACGCGCUGGCGCACCUCCCGGGCCUCUCGACCAAGAACUUGGUGUUCAAGGACAAGAAAGAGGGGCUCUUCCUCGUCACGGCCGCCUGUGCCACUGUUGUUGACACGAAGAAACUCGGCGCGCAGCUCCACGCGGCCGGUAUCGGCGGCACGAAGUGGAACUUGCGCUUCGCGUCCGAAGACGUACUGCGCGAGACGCUGCACGUGGUCAAAGGGGCCGUCUCGCCCCUGUGCGUUAUGCACGACACGCAGCAGCAGGUGCGGCUCGUGCUGGACAAGGCGCUGGUCGAGGCGGCGCAGGUGAACUGCCACCCGCUGCGCAACGACCGGACGGUCAGUCUCACGCCAGCGGACCUGCUCGUGUUUGUCAAGCACUAUGGCCACGAGCCAGUGAUUGUGGACUUUGCAGCGCUGGGCGCAGAGGACGCUACUGCUACUACUGCUGCUGCUGCUGCUACUUCAUCAGGAGGCAAAGGAGCAGCCAAGGGCAAGAAAGAUAGCAAGAAGAAGGCUGUGGAGCAAAAGACGAACGAAGGCAUGUCAGUGACAAAGAAGGGCGAUUUUGCCGACUGGUACACGGACGCGAUCACGAAGUCGGGGAUGAUCGACUACUACGACGUCUCGGGCUGCUACAUCCUGCGUCCGUACUCGUACGAGAUCUGGGAACGCGUGCAGCAGUUCUUGGACCGCCACAUUAAGGCCAUUGGCGUCAAGAAUUGCUACUUUCCCAUGUUUGUGACCAAGGAAAAGCUCCAGCGCGAGAAGGACCACUUGGAAGGGUUUGCGCCCGAAGUGGCGUGGGUGACCAAGUCAGGCAGUUCUGACAUGAAGGACCCCAUUGCGAUUCGCCCGACGAGUGAGACUAUCAUGUACCCCGCGUUCAAGAACUGGAUUCGUAGCCAUCGCGAUUUGCCGAUGAAGCUCAACCAGUGGAACAAUGUCGUUCGGUGGGAGUUCAAGAACCCGACGCCGUUCAUUCGCACACGGGAGUUCCUGUGGCAAGAGGGCCAUACAGCCCACGCGACGAAGGAAGAGGCGGACGAGGAAGUGCGUGCCGUGCUGGACUUUUACGCGGCUUGUUACGAGGAGCUCUUGGCUGUGCCGAUGGUCAAGGGCGUCAAGAGCGAGAAGGAGAAGUUUGCAGGUGCCGACUACACGACGACGAUCGAGGGCUUCAUCCCUGCAACUGGACGUGGCAUCCAGGCCGCCACGUCGCACAUGCUUGGCCAGAACUUUGGCAAGAUGUUUGGCAUUGCUGCCGAGUACGAGGACGGCAAGAAGCUGAUUCCGUGGCAGAAUUCGUGGGGCUUUACGACGCGGUCACUGGGCGUCAUGAUUAUGGUCCACGGCGACGACAAGGGGCUCGUGCUCCCGCCCCGAGUCGCCCCGACGCAGGUGGUUGUCGUGCCCAUUCCGUACCAGAAUCAGGACGAGAUCGACGAGAUCUUUGACAAAGCCGACGAGAUUGUGGCGACAUUGUCUGGCGCAGGUGUGCGAGCCGAAGCGGACAAGCGUCGUGGGUACACUCCUGGCUGGAAGUACAACUACUGGGAACUGAAAGGCGUACCGCUUCGUUUCGAAGUGGGGCCGAAGGACAUUGCCAAGCAGCAGGUCCGUGUCGUCCGUCGGGACAACGGCGUUAAAGAGGACAUUCCCGAGGCUGAGCUCGCAGUUCGAAUUCCAGCGCUUCUCGAGCAGGUGCAGAAGGAUAUGCUCGAGCGUGCGACAGUGGAGCGCGAUAGCCACAUCCGCGAGGUGACGGACUGGAAGGCGUUUGUGCCUGCGCUGCAGGACGGGUGCAUGGCAUUGACUCCGUUUUGCAACGAGGUGGAGUGGGAGGAGACUGUCAAGACCAAGUCGCGCGAAGAGUCGCUGGCUCUUAUGGGCAUGGAGGAAGAGGCCGACAACACGGCCACAAGUGCUGCGGCCAAGACGCUGUGCAUUCCGUACAAGAAGAACGAGGAGAGUCCAGUAACGGCUGACAGCGUGUGCUUUAUCAGUGGCAAGCCAGCCAAGUGCUGGGUGCUUUGGGGUCGCAGCUACUAG